AUGGCGGAUCGUCCAGUCGACCCUGUCAUCCGGGGCACCCGUUAUGUGCAAAUGCCGGCCGACAUCCGUAGAGCAGUCGUCCGUGACUGGGCCGAGGUCGAGCGCCGUGUCCGUUGGAAGACCGACUGGCGUCUCUGCACCAUCGCCGGCCUGCUGUGUAGCCUCAACCUGCUGGACUCGGGCAUCCUCUCCUCAGCUGCUGUCACCAGCAUGCUGACUGAUCUGGACCUGGACCACGGCUCGCGCUUCUCAGUGGCCAUUUUCAUCUUCACCAUUGCCAGCGUUGUCUUCCAGCUUCCCUGCACUCUUGCCGUACGCUUCGUCGGUCCCCGUCUCUGGUUCGCGGCCAUCACUUUCACCUUUGGCGUGUUGACUCUUUGCACCGCUUUCAUCAAUACCUGGCGCCAGAUGAUGGCUAUCCGUGUGCUGCUGGGCAUUGCAAUGUCGGGUAUCUACCCGGGUCUGACAUACCUGAUCAGCACUUGGUACCUGCGCGAAGAGCAGCAGCUCCGAUUCGCUUUCCUGCAGGCAGCUGAAGUCUCAGUCUUGGCCACGGGAAACCUGCUCAAUUUCGGCCUCAACCACCUGCAUGGUACAGCAGGGCUCGCUGGUUGGCGCUGGAUGUAUCUUGUUCAGGGAGCUAUCACUUGUGUCCUGGGCAUCGUCACGUACUGGUGGAUGGUCGAUUUCCCGGAGAACUCCGAGCACAGUUUCAUGUUCCUGACCAAGCGGGAGGCUCGUGUUGCCGCGGCAAGAAUUCAGGAUGAUCGUGCUGAUCUCAGAUUUGAGCCGUUCUCUUGGGGCCGGUUGCUUGAGUGCUUCAAGGAUGUGAAGGUCUAUGGCUUCGCGUGCAUGUUCUUCCUGCUGAACCUGGUGUCGACCGCGCUCUCGUAUUUCCUGCCGAUCAUUCUGGAGGGGGGCAUGGGCUUUAGUGCAAACCAGGCGAUUCUGAUGUCGGUUCCGCCCUACUACUACGCCGUGAUCCCUGUCGUGGUGACCUCCCUGACGGCCGACAAACUGCGCCUCCGUGGCCCCUUCAUCGUCUUCAAUGCCCUCUGCAUUGUCGCUGGCUUCCUCAUGUUCGGACUGCCCCAGUCCACCCAGGUGACCGUUCGAUACAUCGGCACCUUCAUCGCGACCGGGGCUUACGUCUCCAAUUGGGCCGCGUUGAACGCUUACCAGGCGAACAACGUGGUUGGGCAGUGGAAGCGCGCCGUCACAGCCGCGGCGGUAGAGGCCCCACUCUACCAGACCGCGGUUUGGGUGUCGGUAGGAUCCCAAGGCCUACUGAUGGCGAUCGUGGGCGUGUUCACCUUGUAUUUCUACAAGGUGAACCAACAGCAGAAACGCCACGAGCGUGUCAUCGAGCACGUGGCCGACUACCGAUACACCUACUAG